CCGCCGGACGCGUCAGACGCAGAUGUAGAUGCGGACUCUGCUGAUCUCGUGGCAGAGCUAGAGGAUUCGUUAGAGGACCUAGAGGACGGCUUAGAUGUGCUGAUGAUCCUCGAGAAAGCGUACCAGAAGACGAUGCAGGACCACGUCGGCGAAGACGCGCCCACCGAAAACGCGGCGCAGACCGCCACCACAGACCCACCACGUGCCCCCGCGUGCCCCUCACCCUCGCCGAAGCCGCCCCUCGUAGAAGGGUCCUCGACCGCCCUUGUCGCCGUGCUCGAGCACCCGCGGCCGCGCGCGAAGCCGACCCGCCCACUGCAGCUGUUCGGCCCGAGCCCGCGUCACACGGGCCAGGACCCCGUUGUCGCUGAGCGCGGCGCAAUGCUCACGAUCGCGCACCUCGGGGACUGCAUGGGGAUGCUCAUCCGCGACGACAUCCUCAUCCUCGCGAGCGACGGGCUGUCGGACAACCUCUGGGACGAGGACGUCCUCGACGAGGUCAUCCGCUUUCGCCGGCCGUUCCUCUCCGACGCUCCUGGGGCCCCCGCGCCAGCGCCCGCAUCGAAGCAGGGCGUGCACCGCGUGCUCGGUAGGGGCGCGCUUGCGGCGAUGUUGAGUGAGGCGCUGUGCUCGCGCGCGCGGAGGGCGGCGGAGAGAAGGGUGGAUAAGAGCGAGUGGGACGCCGAGAUGGAGGUCCCGUUUGCGAGGAGGGCGAGAGAACUCGGGAGGUCGUUCACGGCGGGAAGCCGGAUGGUGAAUAUUUCGGUGCUCGUCGCUGUUGUAUCCCCCGCUGAGGGACACUGCCAUGAUCGUGCAUCACGCUUUUGACUUCUAUUCUAGUUGCAUAGGGCAUUUUACGAACGGACGCGUCGAGUCACUCCUUCAUCCUUUGUGUCACCCUUGCAUCAUUUUGCACUAUCUUAUAGCAUCUUGGCAUAUACAUACAGCAUAGUCCCGGCCUUUCGGUCUUCAUCUUACUCUCACACAUGCAUCCCGUGUAACAUCGUACUCACUGAACGUCACCUCAACUCGUGUCCAUCGCCUCGCCCGCGCCCGCGCCUGUGACGGUGACGUCCUCCUCGACGACCAUCUGCCGGAUGUGCUCGCUCUUCCAGGC